AUGAAAUUAGUUAAUAGUAGGAAAUCGAUUAUAAAGUAGUAAGAUUAAGAAUCUGAUAAAUAACGAUAGAUAGGAGAUUAUCUUUUAGGUUGGUGUUUAGGUUUACAGUAGUUAAAACUCUUGGAUUGGGUACAUUUGGUUUAGUAAAAUUGGCAAUUCAUUAAAUAACUUAAGAGAAAGUAGCAAUUAAAAUUUUGGAGAAAUCUAAGAUAAUUGAUGUUGCAGAUGUUGAACGAGUAUCUCGAGAAAUACAUAUCUUGAAAUUAAUCAGACAUAAACAUGUGAUUCAAUUAUAUGAGGUAAAAUAAAUUGAUAAUUUAAGAUAAUUGAAACAAAAAAAUACAUAUUUUUAGUUAUGGAAUUUUGUGAUGGAGGAGAACUCUUUGAUUAUAUUGUAAAACAUUAAAAGUAUUUAAUUGAAAUAUUAAUCAAGACUUUCUGAAAUUGAGGCAUGCAAAUUAAUCUAAGAGUUGAUAUCUGGAAUUGAAUAUAUUCAUAAACUUAAUAUAGUUCAUAGAGAUUUAAAACCUGAAAAUUUAUUGUUAGAUUAUUAAAAAAGCUUAAAAAUAGUUGAUUUUGGAUUAAGCAAUACUUAUAAAUAAGGUGAAUAAUUAAAAACAGCAUGUGGUAGUCCAUGUUAUGCAGCUCCUGAAAUGAUACAAGGGAAUAAAUACAAUUCUUUAUUAGUUGAUAUAUGGUCAUGCGGAGUUAUAUUAUUUGCAUCUAUAUGUGGUUAUUUACCGUUUGAAGAUGUAAACACUUCAGCUUUAUAUAAAAAAAUAUUGAAUGGAGAAUACUAAAUUCCAAAUUUUGUAUCACCAGAAGGAACUAGUUUUCUUAAGGGAAUUUUAAAUAUUAAUCCAGAAAAGAGAUUUAAUUUGGAGUAAAUAAAAUCUCAUCCCUGGUUUAAAUUAUAUAGAAGAUCACAUCCUAUUCCUCCAGGAAUUAUAAUUGGAUUUCACAGAAUUCCUAUAGAUAUCAAUAUAGUAUAAUAAUUAAAAGAAAGAGGGUUUAAUGAAGACUAUGUAAAAAUUUGUUUAGAUGCGAAUAAAUAAAAUAAUGUUACAACUUCUUAUUUUUUAUUGAUGAAAAAACAUCUAAUGAAUGGAGGUAUAUCAACAGCAGAUAUAAAUUCUAUUUAUUUUGAUUCAAAAUUAUUAGAACCAAUAUAAAGAGUUUAAAAAAGUAAGAUUAAGAAAUUUAUUAUAGGUCCUGCUCUUUCAUUUUUAGAUGAAUCUAUGUUAAAAACUUUAAAUUCUAAUAGAUCAUAAUCUAAUCAAAGUCGUAAAAAUAAAAAAAUGCAUACUUAAUAAAACAGAGGACAUUACUAUUUAUAUGAAGAUUAAUUCAAUAAAUCAAUUUAAUUAAAAUAAUCUCAUCGUUAAGAGAGUUAAGAAUCAGAUGAAGAUUUUAAUAAAUCUUAUUCUUAAAAUGCAACAUCUAAUGCAAAGAGAACAAAAAUUAGAACAGAAUCAAAUUAUAAUGCAGAAUAAUCAUUAAAUUAGACUACUAUGAUAGCUGGUAAAAGGUCAUCAAUUUCUCCUGGUAAUGCUAAUUUUAUAUUGUAAUAUAUUAGUAAUUAUUAAUUAUAUAUUAGAGUAAUAAAAAAAACUAACUCCAAAAUCUGUCAGAAACUCCUGUUAACAAAAACCUAAUUUAUUUUCUUUAAAUUAUUAAAGGAAUGUUUAAACAAUUUAUGAUCAUGAGGGUUUAAAGAUUAUAAAUUCAAAUAAUAAAUAACAAAUUAAUGAUACUAAAAGAAGUGUAAAUAAUUAAUGGAUGCCAUAAACUUUAAUGAAUCCUUAUUAAUUACUAUUAUAAUUGAAUUCAAGAAAAGGAUCUAGAGAUUUAAGUACUCCUCAUUCAACAAAAUGUGCUAAUAAUCCUAAAAGUAAAUCAAUUAAUAGGCAAUUUUGA